AUGUCAGAUCACAGGCGGCCACUGGAUGAAACGACACUGGAAACUGGUGUUUAUGGAUUGGGUGGACGAAGGCCUGUUACCACUCCCCCAGCCGUCACCAUGACAACCACGGGGCUUCACAUCGGAGACCAGCUCGUCCUCGAGGAAGACUAUGAUGAAAACUACAUCCCGUCUGAGCAAGAAAUCCACGAGUAUGCUACAGAGAUCGGCAUCGACCCCGAGCGAGAGCCUGAGCUGCUGUGGCUGGCCAGAGAGGGGAGGGUGGCCUUACUACCGCCUGAAUGGAAACCCUGUCAGGACGUGACGGGUGAAGUGUACUACUUUAACUUCUCCACGGGUCAGUCCACCUGGGAUCACCCCUGUGAUGAGCAUUACCGUCACCUUGUGACUGUGGAGCGGGAGCGUGCCCAACAUGCCAGAACCGCUCCGGCUGCGCCCGGCCUUGCUUCGGGAAAGAAAAACAAAGAGAAGAAGAAGAGAGACAAGAAGAAGGAGAAGAGAAAAGACCAGGAGAGUGUCAGAGCUCCGGCGGUGUCAGGUGCUCUGGCUCCCAUCCGGGGUCUGUCUGAGGGUUCUGUUGCUCCUCUCAGAGGUGCUUUGGGCAGUUUGUCUGGACUUAAGCCUCUUAAAACAUCUCUAGGGGGAGCAAUGGUGAGCCGUCAUGAGGAGAGAAGCGCUGAGAAAGACUCUGAGCAAGAGAGACUGCGGGACUCCCGUGGGCUUCUACACAACCUUCAUCUGGAUUUGGAUGCUCUGGGCGGAGGUCUUCAGUAUGAGGACAGUGAGGUUAGUGGCACGGUUCCGCCUGAAGAAAGAACAGAACCUGAACUACAAGAUCUGGCUUUAUCUCGAGAUCACAGCCCAGAGGUCCAUUCAGAGGGCUCCUCGCGUGGACGUCACCUCCCCUCCACACCACCGGUGGGCAGCAGGGAGUACAGCAGCAUAGCCUCCUGCCUGUUAACCCCUGAGGCUGCGGCGUCUAGCGUCCGAGAGGAAGAUGAGGAAAUGAGUGACCGGAGCGAAAGAGUGCAGGAGGAGGUGAUGGAGGGGACAUGUGCAGAUGAGGAGAACGGCAAGAACAAUAGAGACAGUGAUGAGAUAGAAGAAGAGAAAGAGAGCUUCAGCAGCCCUGACCAGAUACUGAAGAGAUCAGACACUCGGAGAAAUCAGACUGAAAACAGUUCAGACAACCAGAGAGAUCAGACUGAAAACAGAUCAGACACCCAGAGAGAUCAUACUAAAGACAGAUCAGACAGUCCGAGAGAUCAGACUGAAGACAAAUUAGACAAUCAGAUUGAUCAGACGGAGAACAGAUCAGACAUUAAGAGAGAUCAUACUAAAGACAGAUCAUACAAUCGGAGAGAUCAGACUGAAAACAGAUCAGACAAUCAGAGAGAUCAGACUAGAGACAGAUCAGACGAUCAAACUAAAGACAGAUCAGACAAUCAGAGAGAUCAGACUGAAGACAAAUUAGACAAUCGGAGAGAUCAGACUGAAGACAAAUUAGACAAUCGGAGAGAUCAGACUGAAGAUAGAUCAGUCAAUCGGAGAGAUCAGACUGAAGAUGGAUCAGUCAAUCAGAGAGAUCAGACUGAAGAUGGAUCAGUCAGUCGGAGAGAUCAGACUGAAGAUGGAUCAGUCAAUCAGAGAGAUCAGACUGAAGACAAAUCAAACAAUCGGAGAGAUCAGACUGAAAACGGAUCAGACAAUCAGAGAGAUCAGACAGAAGAUAGAUCAGAUAAUCAGAAUGAUCAAACAGAGGAAAGAUCAGAGUUGGAGAGAGAUCAGAUAGAGGAGAAACAGAAGAGAUCAGACAGUGAGAAAGAUCAGGCAGAGAAGAGUUCAGAAGAGGAGAGAGAUCAGUCAGAAAACAAAGAGAAUGGACAGAGAAAAGAGAUCAGAACGAGCAGAGAGGUGAUGAGUGAAAGUGAAAAACAAGCAGAAGCAAUAGAGGAUGAAAAAGAGAGAACAAUACAGAGUGAAGAAGAGAGUGAGAAGAGUGUUUUCUCUGUGGAGGAAGAGUGUGGAGAGAGGGAUGAAGAAGAACAGAGUGAGGAAAGACCCGAGAACACAUCACACCUCAAGAGUUCACCAUCACAUCACGAGAGCGACGGCAAACAUCAGACCGACAGAGAGAUCGAGCGCUUUCACAGUCCUGACACUCCUACUCAUAUAACAAACAUGAAAUCAGACACACGCAAGUUUGUGCCUCAGUGGAAUCCUGUGUCCAGUGAGGAAUCUGAGGCUAUCGAGCCUGUGAAGUCACUGUCCUUUACUGAUGAUGUCCAGGGUGGAUUUCACACAAAGUUCUCAGAGAAUGUGUUUGACCUGAUGGAGCUGUCAUCUGCAGUGGAGAGUAAAGAGGUAGAGAGAGCGUUACAGGUGGACAGCUGGAAGGUCUCUGAUGAUGUCAUCAGGCUGGAUGAUGUGACGUCUCCUAAGAUCCUGCAGUCUGCAGACAUCAGCCGACCCUCGACCGCUCGCGGCCACAGUGACAUCAGCACUUAUGGUGAUGGAGAUAAGAGUGAGCAGAAGAAAGCAGAGCGACAGGCCCACAGACAGACAGCUCUGGAGGAGAAGAGGAAGAGUGAUGAAGAGGAGAGAGACAGACAGAUGCAGGAGGAGAUCAGGAGACUGACAGAUGAGAAGGAGAAGAGACUGCAGCUCCUGCGAGCCACUCUGAUGAAGGAGGAGGAAGAGGAGGAGCUGAGGAUGAGGGAGGAGAGUGCUGAGCAGCUGAGAUUACUAAAGGAGCAGCUGCUGAGAAAGACACGAGACGAGGAGGAGAAAUUAAACACACACACACAACUUCAACAACUCAGGGAUGAGAGUGAGGUGAAACUCAGAGAGCUGCGUUCAGAACUGGAGGCGAAGCGUGAUAAGGUGGAAACUGAGAUGAGGCGGAGUCUGGAGCAUCUGAGGGCGGAGUCAGAGGAGGAGCUCAGAGCAGAGAGGAAGCGGCUACUGGAGCAGAAGGAGGAGCAGCUGACCUCCAUCAGACUAGAAGUGUGUACUAAACUGAGUGACAGACAGAAGAUUUGCGGAGUCACGACAAGAAAACCUUUAGCAGAGUACCAGAGAGAGGAGUCAGCGCUACAGGACUUGAUGAAGAAACUGGAGAUACAAACCAAAGAACUUCACACACAGGAGGCUGAACUGCAGGCAAAAGAAUCAGAUGUGAGAAAGAGAAGACAACAGCUGUGUGAGGAACACGAUGACAUUCAGAGAGGAGUACAGUCUCUCCCGCUACUGCUGAAGGAGAAUCAGGAUCUUCAUGAUGAGCUGCAGCGAGUGCGAGCAGAUGUUCAGAGAGAGAGAGCAGAGAGAGAGCGAGAGAGCUGCAGAGUGAUGGAGAAGAGACUGUUACCCCUGCAGGAGAGAUGUGAACAACUCGCCUCGAGAGUCAGUGAACUGGAGCAGACGAACACGGUUUCCAGGGUUAAAAUUGGAGGAGACGAGCAGAAGAAGAUGAAGAAGCAGAGAGAGAAUCAUCUUCGUCUGGAGGAUCUCGAGGCUCCGGCCAGUUCACCUCCAGACAGUGACACCAGUGUGGACGGUGUGAGACAGUACAUGUGGAAUGAGAGCGUCUCUCUCUUCAGAGCCCGUCAGUUUCUGGAUAGACAGAGUGCUCAUGUGUCGGACAGACAGGCAGCACUGCAGGCAGCUCACAGCAGUCUGAAGGACCCCACAACUGAGAGCUCCACCCAACAACAUCAACAACAUCAGCUCUACCACAACCUGCAGCAGGAGGUGAAGGAUCUGUCUGAGUUGACAGAGACGCUUCAGAAGGGCCAAACUUUACUAAAAGAAAAAGAGGAAAAAUUAAACCUGCUGGAAACAUCACUAACUGAAGAGGUACGACACACACACACACACACACACCGUGAGUAUCGUGAAACGUGUGUGUGUGUGUGUGUGUGUGUGUGUGUGUGUGUGUGUGUGUGUGUGUGUGUGUGUGUGUGUGUGUGUGUGUGUGUGUGUGAGGUGUCGUGUGAGGAUGGCGAGAGGUCAGCUGAUCGUAAAGUGACGUUUGACGUGACCGAGUCAGAGACGAGCAGUGUGUACGGACACGAGGGAACAGUUCCAGUAAAGGUGCAGCAGUUGGCUGAUUCCCUGCAGCUGAUCUCAGGACAGUUAAACUCAGUUUUGGGUGCUUUGGGGUCACUCAACCAAAAACAGAACCCACCCUCUUUGACCACCACUCAACUACCCCGUUCCUCGUGGGCAUGGCCUAUAAACCCCUCCCCCUCACUUCAUACACACAGACCAACAGAUUUGCUGCAGACGACCUGGUCCGGCCGGAACAUAGAAACAAGCAGAGUCCACAUGGCCUACUCAGGAUACACAUCAGCAAGUCUGUCAUCUCUGCGUCCGUCAGCCGAGGUCGAAGGUCACCGUCUGCAGAGUCUCAUUGAAGGAAAUAAACGUUGGCUGGAGGCCCAACGGAAAAACCGCAACAUUCCUCUGUUCCCAAACCUCAGAACUCCGUCCAGCGGCAGCGGGUUAAUGCAGCUCAGCCUCGACGACAACAACCAGAUUAAAGUUCAUCAUUACUAAAGCUACACGCAACACUUCAGCAUCUCGUUAAACACAUCAUGUCUUUCCUGAGGUCCUUAUACUCUUCUUCAGCAGGUGUUUUGUUAGAUCUAGUGAGGAUUUACACACAUUUUCUGUGUGCAAUGUAUAAAUCUCAUUUGUACAAUAUUUUUGUAGGUACUCUCAAUAAAUUGCUUGUAUUUUAGGUAAAACUGUCUGUGUCUUUUAGCAAUGAGCUACGUGAAUGGAGUUUCUUUUACAUUUAAAGAAAUAGUUUACCAAUAAAUGGUCAUAGAAAUGUUUAUUCCUGAAAGUGAAAGUUUCCUACUAUGGAAAGUCAAUGGGACCAUUUUUGGUCCUUUAAGACAUUUAUAAUAUCCAUCCAGAGUGAGGUUAGUAGUUUGUUUGGCGUACAUAUUUUCAUGAAUCCUUCUUGGUAAAAUUUACGCUGGGACUGCAAUAUAUUUGUGAAACCUGGAAUAAAUGCAGAAAUUCUCCUCAAACAUGACAGCAUGGCAAUCAUCCAACACAACGUAAACCCGGGCAUUGAACAAAACGUUGCAAAGCGUUUUUUAAAUGGAAACGGUGGUGCGGUUGAAUACCCUGUUGUGAUGACGCAAGAGUUGAACUAUAGCAGCUGAGAAGGCCAUUCUUUGAGUUCUUUUUGAAGAAUUUUCGGAGCCUGAUGAAAUCGGUAUAAAUGCGUGUUUAAUAUUGUAAAAUACAUGUAUUCUAAUAUCUUCGAUUGUUGCGUAAUACCGAGCUGAAGCAGACACAUUUGUAAACAACUUUAUAAUAAUAAUUCAUU